GUAAGGACGAUUGAUUGAUAUUAUUGAAUUAUAUUGAUAAUAUUGACGAUAGUGGAUUUGAGUUAAAGUUGUGUUAGAUUUUGAGUCGGGAUUAGAUUUGAGCAUGGAUAUCUCUAUAUCCACUCACGUCCUCCCAUGUUAAUGAUGUAAAAUAUUAUGAAAAUAUUGUUUGACGUUUAAAGUACAUGUCUUGUUGAAGGCUUUGAGGGAAUCACUGAAAAAGCCGAAUAGUGAUAAGGUUGAAUCAUGUUCAUAUCCCAUGGCACCUAUUGCUGUCGUCCGCUCAUGUUUUUCGACACGGAAUGGGACUCCAAGACAGCCUUUGCUUGUACCCUUAGCAAAAGCAUCCUUGAUUUUUGAUUCUGCUCGUGUAAGGGUACCAAGACUCAAAGGUGAAAGAAUUGGAGUCUUUGCUACAAGAUCUCCUCAUCGUCUGUGCCCCAUUGGACUGACUGUAGCUAAGGUCGAGGCAGUACAUGGGCAUACGGUCUUACUCUCUGGCGUGGAUCUGGUUGAUGGAACUCCUGUUCUGGACAUCAAACCUUAUUUGCCGUAUUGUGACAACAUUCAAGGAGCAAUGGUACCUGACUGGGUGAAGGUGGACAAUGUGUUGGCUGUAGCUUCUGUCGACUUCUCUGAAAGCUUUUUUUCCAGUCUAGUUGAUUGUUGGUCAUUGUUGGAUAAGAAGUCACUUUAUGCUUCACCCGAUGAAUUCCAGUGCUUGAUAAGGCAGGUGCUCUCAUGGGACAUAAGGUCUGUGUCCCAAAGAACUCGUCCUCAUCAGCCUAAAGCAAAAGUUGAAGCUGAAACUAUGAGCUAUGAUGAUGAUGAUGAUAUUGAGAUGAUAGUAAAUAGGUUGGAUAACAAUUCCCAAGAAGAUGAAGCUUCGGAAAAUGGAGUAGGUGAGCUUGUUUUCUCUCCAACGAGCGAUGAUGUUGUUUAUCACCUAAUAUUGGAAGGCCUCAAUGUUUCUUACAGAAUUGAUUCCACUUCCAAUGUUCUUGUCGAGAAAGUUAGCAUUGCUUGACAUGGUUUCUGCCAUUAUUUAGGACUUAGAGAACUAAAAAGAGAAAAGAAGAAGAAAAAAAAUCAGUGGUCUUUUACUUAUUGAACCGCAUAUGUAGCUCUGAAGUUGAUUGCAGGCUGAUAAACAUAUGCUCAUCAUAAGGACUCACUUGUGCGGUGUGGUGAGUAUCUGCUAUUUUGGUACACAGAUAGUAUUCAACUUCGCCAGUGAACUUGGCACAUAUGGAAAUUAUUUGACAGAAAAUGCUAUUUGGAAUAGUAUCUUGCUAUUUUAUGAUUAUUUAUUUAUUUUUAAUUAUGUAAAGUGAGUAAAGCCCACUUGCCAUCAUUAUAAAUUGGUUUAAUUGCUGAAAAAUGAAUAAUCC